AUGGCGCAUGAUCCAACAGCUGAUCUUGGACAGGCUCGAACUGUCGUAAUCGAUUUGGCAGAUGAUCUUUUGGGAUGUCAUCGAACUGUAGCAGUUGAUAACUUCUUUGCAAAAAAUUUUAAUUUGCAACAUGAAUUUAAAAAUUAUUGGCAACAACAUCAUCCACAUAAACCAUUAUCAUCAUCAACAUUAAUUAAUUAUUCAACAUCUAUUUGUGAAGCAUACAGCGGUAUACAACCUAAUAAUCCGUGGAGAUUACAAGAUUCAGUCGCAUAUAAGCUGAAUCGAUGGUUAGACAAACGUGAAACCAAAUCACCAUUUGAUAUUGGCCUUGAUUUAAGAAUGAAACAUUUAAAUUCAAAGGAAAUUGAACAUCGACAAACAUCAAUAAAAUACACCGCAGCUGACUGUUUAUCGAUGCAACAAAUCAUGAUAAAUAUAAACAUAAUUGAUCCUCAACAAUCAUCUAAUUUAUUAAAUGAAACAUGUAUUUUAACAAUUGAACAAUGCAUUUCAUCUAUUGAACUUCUUGAAAAUAAUAAUGCUUUAUAUACAACUCAAUAUGAUUCUAUGACUCAUUCACCUGAACCAAUUAUUCCACCAUCUAUCUUAACACAAUCAACAACACGUGAUUGGGAACUAAUUUCAUCCAAUGAAGAUGAGUCAACAUAUACACGUUCAACAUCUCGAAAAUUAAAACCUGUUCGUCGAAAAACAAAUGAACUACAUUCAAUAAGUGAAGAAUUAAGUGCCAAAGAACAUCACAAAAUCCACAAUCGAUCGUGCACAUUACGGCAAAGAAAAUAUUAUCAUGCACAUACAAUAACAGCUGAAGAUAUUUAUCCUCGAUUCGGCAUUCGACAAAUCAAAUCGAUUCUCAAGGAACACAAUAUCGAAUUUCGUGCAGUCAAUGCAACAACAUCAAAGAAAACAAAUAAAACAUACUUAUAUAUUGGUAUUACUGAUCCAAAUAAUUUAGUAUCCUAUCAAACAAGAACAAGAAAUUUAUUUACAAAUCAAAAUUAUUAUGCAAUUCGUCGUCAACAAAGAAGAACACGUUUUAAUGCUAAUCGCAUGAAUUCUCAAAAUUAA